AUGGUUGGAAUGGCAGAAAUGCCAUCUCUUCUCCGAACCGACUUCGAAGUGAUACCGUCGUUGACGAACAACGAAAUAUCUUCGUUGUUCACCAUGAAAGAUGGUCGAGAAAGCUUGGAGGACAAGAGGAUCUCCGACCACCGUCGACGAAGACAAGACUUGCCUUCUGAUAGAUUUACUUCCUAUUGCGCAAUCUGCACUGAAAAAGUGGACAGAAUAUAUUGGGCAUAUUAUUGUGCCCAAUGCAGAUAUUUCGCCCAUAUAAAUUGUUUGACAUCAAAGAUAAAGCUUUCCAGAGAGUUGGAAGAAGAAUCAUGCAAAACUAAACAAAUCGACCAAAAAACAAAGUUUGUACUAGAAAAACUUGAGCCCAAUUUGAUUGGUUUGGCACUGGUUGAUGAAGAUGAUGAUGAUGAUGAUGUCGAUGACAAUGAUGGUAGAGUUGAAAAACUUGAGCCCGAUUUGAUGAGCUUGCCACUGCUUGAUGAAUCAAUUAAUCUUAUUACACAUUUCAAGAAGAAGAUCAAUUUGGAGGGGAAGAGUAAUAAACCAAUGAAGAUUGACCAUGUUAGUCAUUAUCAUACAUUAUUAUUUGUUGACAAUCAUAUCAAUGAUGAAUCAUGCACCGCGAGCAAACUACUUGUAUGUGCUGGAUGCACACAGCCAAUCACCGCCCCAUUUUACCAUUGCGCUGAAUGCAACUUCACUAUGCAUGAGUGUUGUGUCGAGUUGCCCAUUGAGCUGCAACACCCAAUUCACCCAAACCACCCGCUAAUACUGAACAGAUGGCAAUCCAUAUAUUCUGAUCUACCCCUAUGCCAAGGUUGCAAAAUGUCUUGCAAUGGGGUUUUGUUUGGUUGUGUAGCCUGUGAUUUCUUCCUCGACAUGAAGUGUGCUUCCUUACUAGGCACUAUCCUGCAUGAUACUCAUAAGCACUUCCUUACCCUAAGAGAAACAACUGGAGGGUUGUGUUUUGCAUGUCAUAAAAUUUUUUAUGGGGUCGGGUUAGUAUGUGACAUUUGCAAUUUCAAGCUACACACUCGAUGUGCCUUGUUGCCACGUACGGUUAGCCACAGAUUUGACAAACACCCUUUCUCCCUACUCUAUUUCGGCGAUCAGGAUGAGUAUUACUGUGAAAUUUGUGAGGGAGAAGUAAACCCAUUUUGUUGGUUCUAUCACUGUGAUGACUGCAACCGGUCUCUUCAUAAGGAAUGCAUUCAUCCAGUUAGAUUCUUACCACAACGCUUUAUCACACAUGAAUCUCAUCAACACACCCUUGCUCUAAAGGAAACAUGCAAUGUUCCUUGUGAAGCAUGUAAGCAUGAUUGUUAUGGGGUUGGGUUUGGAUGUGAUACUUGCAACUUCACAUUACACACUCGAUGUGCAUCCUUGCCGCAGACAGUUAAACACAGAUAUAACGAACACCCUUUCAUUCUAACCUAUUUUGGCGAUCAGGGUGAGAAUUAUUGUGAAAUUUGUUGGGGGAAAAUUAACCCGAAGUGCUGGUUCUAUCAUUGUGUUGACUACAACCUAUUUCUUCAUACAUUAUGUAUUCAAAUUGAUGAAUAUAGGGGUGAGCUCAACAUUGCAAACCACCCACACAACCUCAGUUGUGUUCAUCAACCUAAGGAUAUCUCUGCGUGCGACCGUUGCAGUGAGCUUGUUGAAUUCGGGAGCAUUGAAUGUGCACCUUGUAAUUUCAAGCUCCAUUCGGAUUGUGCUCGGAAUGAAGCAAUGGAGAGAAUUUUAUCACUGCAACUAGCUGGAAAACUAGACCCUGUGGAUAGUGGCCACACAUCUUGAUGUUGUGUUUGGCGUUAACUUCAUGACUAGCAAAUUAAUUCGCUCAAAAAUCCCAUCAUAAUUGUAGUUUUAAUAUUUUUUUGGAUAAAUUACAACACCGGUCCCUCUAGUUUGAGUGAAGUAUCACUUAGUUCCCGUAAUUUUAAUUUGCAUAAUCUAGUCCUUACACUUUUAAUUUUGUUGUAAUUUGGUCUCUUUGUCAUGCAUGGUUAAUAUUUUGAACAGAAAAAACAAAUCACGUGCAAAAUUAAAUGGACCAAAGUGGAACUCAAAACAAAUUACAAAAACUAUCGGUGUAAUGAAUAUAAUACACCAGGGAUCCUUGUAGUUUGUUUUGAAUUUCAUUUUGGUUCUUCUAAUUGUAAGCAUGUUUUUUUUUAUUUUAAUUUUAAUUUUUAUUUUUCAAAUUCUAAUGGUAAAUGAUGGAGGGAUCACAUUGCAACAAAAUUAAAAUUUUAGGAAUUAAAUUGUUCAAAUUGAAACUAUGGGGAUUAAAGUCAUAUCCAAGUAAUAAAAUUGUUCAAAUUGUAA